AUGGUCGUCGUCGCCCUGUUGGGCCUCAAUGCGCUCACCACCGACGCCUUGACCCGCUUGCGCGUGCAAGUGAAACCCAAACCCUUCGUACCAGCGAAACUCAAUGAGGUAUGCGAGCGGCCGAACCAGGCCCGAAGGUGCGCCAAAGGGUUAUCGUGCGAGUGGGACAGUGCGCAGGUAAAAAUCUGCAAGAAAGAAACCUCGAAACCCAAGAGCAACAAAUCCGUUCGCUACUCUGACGGCGCGGAUGGGAACGAAUAG